UAACUCCCCUCAGUAGUGACUGAUCUUCCUGAGUGACAUAUUCUAAGGCGAUCGAGCAGCUGAUCAGCCAUGUUUAUCUUCCUUUCUUUCAUCUCUCUAGGGUUUUUCCUGUUUCUCUAUUCCUUCUUCUCAUUCAUCCUUCAUCGAGUUCACAGUACUAGUCGUACUGGUCAUGAUAAUGAUCAUGGCCCUCCUACACACCCAAUCAUCGGCUGCCUUAUCUCUUUCUAUAAAAACCGCCACCGUCUCUUGGACUGGUACACAGACCUGUUAUCAAAGUCUCCGACGCAGACCGUUGUGGUGCACCGGCUUGGUGCGCGACGUAUCGUUGUGACAGCAAACCCUGCCAACGUCGAGUACAUGCUCAAGACCAACUUCAGCAACUUCCCCAAAGGCACGCCUUUCACCGAGAUCCUCGGCGAUCUUCUUGGCCACGGCAUAUUUAACGUGGACGGUGAAUUAUGGUCCACCCAGCGCAAGCUAGCGAGCCAUGAGUUUAGCACAAAGUCUUUGAGAGAGUUCGUUGUCAAAACCCUUGAAGAUGAAGUCGAUCACCGAUUGAUACCGUUGCUUGAGGAGGCCGCUGGAAGUAACAAAGUCUUGGACUUGCAGGAAAUACUGAGAAGGUUUGCGUUUGACACCAUCUGCAAAGUCUCGUUGGGCACAGACCCCAGUUGCCUUGACCUAAAUCGCGCGGUGCCGCCUCUUGUAAAAGCCUUUGACAGUGCCUCGGAGAUCAGCGCCAUGCGCUCAAUGGCCCCGGUGUUCUGGUUUUGGAAGAUCAAGCGCGCAUUGAACCUGGGAUCGGAGAAGCAACUCAAAGAUGCACUUCGACUCGUGCAUGGCUCAGUGCUCGAGAUCAUAAGAAACAAGAGGCGAAUACUCGAAGAAGAUCGAGAAAACAGAUAUUGCGAGAGCGACUUACUAUCGAGGAUGUUAUUGGCGGGACACGAAGAGGAGGUAGUGAGAGACAUGGUGAUAAGCUUCAUCAUGGCCGGCCGAGACACGACCUCCUCAGCCAUGACAUGGCUGUUCUGGUUGCUUUCCAAGUACCCAAACCAAAAGGAACUGAUUGUAAAGGAAUUGAAUUCCGUGCUAGAAAAUGGUGAAAAGCAGUUAGACUUUGAAACACUCAAGGAGAUGAAGUUCGUCAAGGCAUGCUUGUGCGAGUCCAUGCGGCUCUACCCGCCGGUUGCGUGGGACUCGAAGCACGCUCUCCAAGGUGACACUUUGCCCGACGGAACUCCGAUUGGGAAGGGAGAUAGGGUCACGUAUUUUCCUUAUGGGAUGGGAAGAAUGGAGGAGUUGUGGGGAAAGGACUGGUUCGAGUUUAAUCCAGGCAGGUGGUUCGAUGAACCGGGUGGGAUCGAAGGUGGAGGGGAAUUGAAACUGGUGAGUCCUUUCAAAUUUCCUGUUUUUCAGGCCGGUCCGAGGGUGUGUCUUGGGAAGGAGAUGGCUUUUACACAGAUGAAGUACGUGGUGGCAAGGAUACUGAGGCGGUUCGAGAUCGUGCCUGUUUGUGAGGACCGGCCGGUUUUCGUUCCUUUGUUGACUGGUCAUAUGGCUGGUGGGUUCAAGGUCAUGGUCCGGACUCGAAGUAGUUAGUGGCUGUGGAUGACAGCCCACAGUUGGAACUUAAUUAUAAGAUAUUUUGGCAUUUUAGCUCGAACCAAAUAUUAGGCAGACAUUGCACUUGUAAAUUAAUAUUUUGGGAAUUUAUCUUCCUUUUUAUUUUUCCCUCA